AUAAAAGAACUAGUCGGCUAGUGUUCAUACUAUAGUCAAGUAGUUAAUUCUCGAAAGUCCUUACAUUAGGUUGUCUGUUCUUUAAAGAACAUAUCCGCAGCUAAGUUUUAUUUUAAGAAAUAUAAGCAUGAUUUUACUAAAAGUAUCGGUUUUAAUUCUAACGUGCUUAGUGGGAAAAGCCUCCACUGAGAUUCUUCAUUGCUACGAAUGUGAAGAUUGCCGAACAAUUAACGAUACACAUCUUAGGGCAUGUCCAGAAGUUAUUAGCACAACGGCUUCUGACAAUUUAUUACCAGACACAACAACAGCAUCACCAUUACCAUCAACAACAUCCAAAUUAUCAACAAUUCUUUUAACAACAACAAAGCCGGAAACGGAACUAGCAGACACAACAAUACCUAUCGUUGAACUAGAUGAGUCAACUUUGCCCCCACCUGAUUCCAUUGCCCCUGAGGAAGAAGACACAAACAGUGCUGCAGUUCCUCCGGACGAAAUCAAUGAAGAAGAUACUGAAAAAGUUAAACGAAGCAUUCGUCAAGUCAGCUAUAAAACUCUAAUGAUUCGUCGUUCUGCAAUAGAAACCCAAGUUUAUCAUCAUUGUUACAGCAUUAUGGGAUUUGGCCCUGACAUGAAAAGAAACAAAAAAGGAUGUGUCGAAGUGAUAGGUACCAAAAAAGGAUGUGAAAUCCUCGGAGAGCAGUAUAAUUUUCCAAUUGCAAAUUGUAAGGUUUGUGGAGAGAGUAAAUGUAAUAAUAGUUCUGUUCUUGGGAUUUAUUUAAUUUUAUAUCCAAUCUUUGUUACACUGAUUGUUUAUUUUAUUUAAGUUUUUUAUCAGUAUAAAUAAUAGAUGUUAUGAAUUUUGUUAAAAUUAUUUCUAAGUGUAAGCGUUUUUAAAUAUAUUUGUAACAAUGUGUUCCACAUACAAAU